GUCGCCCGGGUCUCCGUCUCCGGUUGCCGCUGGGAGGGCGUUCCAGACUUGUCGGCGCCUGCGGGCUGCGGCGGGCCCCUUUGGGGCUUCGCCCCCGGCUCUGCAGUGCGCGGUGGCUCUGGGUGGGCCGGGCCGUACACCCGCGAUCGCCUCCCCAGGAGGGACGAGACUGUGCGGGUUACCUAGAGAAGUGGCGGUUCUAGGUUCUGGUGUGAGACUCCUUAUUUGUGCUGCAGGGAGGUAGAGAUGGACGCUGCUCCACUUAACACUGAGUUCUCGGUCUGUAAAGGUAAAGACACUUGAAUUGUAGGUACUGAUUUUUUACCUGUAAGGGGGCUUUAUUUUGGCCCUGUGUGCUUUCAUUUGAGCAGCUGGUAGUGGAAUCAAUUUUUUAAAAACAUCGAAAUUAUUUGAAAACGCGUGUUGAAGGGAACAGAAUGAGAGGGAAAGGGAGGAGUUCUUGGAAGCUUGCCUAAUACCUCGAGGAGUUAACCAUUUCUAGAUCGUGGCAAAAGACAAGAAACUUAUUACAGAUACCGGAGAGAAAAUGUGCUUAGCCCAUGGAAUGUUGAAGGCCCUGUGAUGAGCCUAAUAAUCGUGUCCAUUUUAAGCGGGGGGAAAAAAUCCAGGUGAACAGAAGAAAAUGAGUCGUUUUGUGAAGGAGAUAGAAGAUGGAAGAUGGGGAAGACGAGACGUUGGAGGAGAAGGACAGUGACAGUAGAGAUGAGAUACUUAGGUCCCUACAGUGUUUCCUGCUUCUGGCUGGGAGCCUCUGUAGCCUGCCCCAAAAAACAGCUGAUAAACGGAAGAAGGAGAUGGCCAAACAGAAGGCUUCCCCUGAAACCAGAAGACAGAAAUUGGAAGGUUGGAAUGCCAAAACACUUUUGAUCCAGAACCUGUCUCACAGAGUCCCCCAGCAUGAGUUAAAAGAAGUGUUUAAGGAUGCCUUUCAAAUCAGAUUGGUGAGCAAGGAUGGGAUGAGUAAAAGGAUUGCGUAUGUUGACUUCAAGUCACAGGCUGAUGCAGAGAGAGCCUUGGACGAGAAGCGAGGAACAAAGAUCGGUGGGCUUGCUGUAGUUCUGGGCCAUGUUGAAGAGAAAAGCCAAGGCCGAGAAGGGAGAGCUUCUUUUGUUGCGGCCUCAGAGAAUCAGUGCCCUGGGGCUGUGUUCCUGCGUGUCUGCGGUCAUCUGCACAGGAGAAUCAGAGGUUUCUUCUUAGCUGUUCCCCCCAGCCCCCACGAUUCGCUCAGUUCUCUCCUACUUUGAAGGAGUGAACAGCACACUUACACUUUGAAAAAAUAGUCACUAUGUUUCUCUUGCAAAGUAGUACUUUUCUCACCGUAAAGGUGACAUUUUAAUAUUUCUUAUGGGUUUGUGUCCUUCAAAAGUGGGAAAACGAAAGCUAGAACAAGAAAGCCACACGUUUCAAGAAAAAUGGGAGCGAGCUUAUUUCUUUGUGGAGGUCAAGAAUGUUCCUACAUGUUUAAUAUGCAAACAAAGUGUGUCUGUGUCGAAGGACUUGGACCUCAGACGCCAUUAUAAAACAAACCAUAGUAGGAAUGAUGGGUAUACUGAAAAGAUGCGUGAUAAAAAACUUAACAAACUGAAAAAAAGACUGAAAUUUCAACACGACUUACUUUUGAACGUGAAUAAAAUAAAUGACGCUGCUAUGAAAUGCAGUUAUAUGUUAAGUGAGAAAAUUGCCCGGGCAUCGAAACCUUUUACAGACGGCGAGUUUAUAAAGGAAUGUCUGUUGAGUGCAGCGGAGAUUAUGUGCCCUGAACAGAGACAAGCAUUUGCCAAUCUGAGACUAAGUGGUAAUAUUGUUUCACAGCGUGUUGACAGUAGGGCAGUGAAUUUACAGGACAAGCUGCAAGAGAAAGCUAAAUCAUUUGUGGCUUUCUCCAUUGCGGCUCAUGAAGGGGCUGAUGGAGCUAAUGCCCCCCAGUUGGCUGUAUUUAUUCAUGGUGUUGAUGGCACUUUUGAUGUGACGGAAGAACUUUUGGACAUGGUUCCCAUGACAGGCGCCACGUCAGGAAAUGACUUUCUUGUCUGUGUUGAGGAAAGCCUUAAAAAAUUUAAUGUAGACUGGUCACAAUUAGUAAGUGUUAACACAGAUGGCAAUUCGGCACUGGUUGGUGUUGAACAACUUGUUACAAAACUUAAAUCUAAAGUGUCAGGGCUUUGCAAAGACAUGGAACUGAAGUCCAUGCAUGGCCUCAUUCUCCAGGAAUCACUUUGUGCUAAAAAGUUAAAAAUGGAUCAUGUCAUGGACAUAGUGAUUCACAGCAUAACCUGGAUCCAGUCACAUGGCUCAGACCACAGAAAGUUCAGUGCUUUGUUCAGCGAGUUAGAUGCACAGUAUGGAAGCCUGUCUUGCUCCAUGGGACAUAAGUGGCUGAGUCGUGGCAUGGUGCUCAGGUGGUUUUUCAAACUGUUGGAAGAAAUUGAUUUUUUCAUGUCUUCUAAAGGAAAAUCGGUUCCUCAGCUUACUAGCAAAGAUUGGGUCAAAGAUUUAGCCUUUUUGGUUGACAUUAUGACUUACCUAAACACAUUGGAUAUUUCUCUGCAAAGACGCCCACAAGUGGUUACACAGAUGUACGAUUCAAUUUGCUCCUUCCUAAGAAAACUGUGUCUUUGGGAAACUCAUUAGGCAAGGAACAAUCUGGCCCACUUCCCUAAGCUGAAAUUAGUUUCUGAAAAUGAAAGAGAUGGCCAGAACUAUAUUUCCCGAAUUAAAGAGUUGAAGACUGAAUUCCAAAAAUGGUACUCUGAUUUCAAAUUUUAUGAAAACGAGCUGACGUUGUUCUGUUCAGUUCACCUUUCUCGAUCAACAUUAAUAACGUGAGCGAAGAGCUACAAAUGGAAGUUCUUGAAUUGCAGGGAACACCCUACUGAAAACGAAAUAUGAUGGUGUCGGGACCCCAGAAUUCUAUAAGUAUCUUGGGAACAGUUACCCUAAAUAUAAAAACCACUGUGCAAAGAUUCUGUCCAUGUUUGGAAGUACGUACGUUUGUGAGCAGCUCUUUUCUGUCAUGAAACAACAUAAAACUAAAUAUUGCUCCCAGUUAAAGGACUUGGAGAUGAAUUCUCUGCCACAGGUUGCUGCACAAGAUUCCCAGCCUUGACCUUGGGGCUUAAGAAGGGAAUGUCAGGUGUCAGAUUUCAAAUCUAAGGAGAAAGAAAUUAUGAGACUUUAAAUAAUUAUUUCUACUUCCAAAUUAUAUUUGUUCAACGUCAAAUUUAAAGUGCAAUCUCUGGCGUCCUAUGUUUGUAUUUAUCACAUAUGAAAUGAAGUUUGAUUAUACCUUGGCAGUUUAUUUUUCCUGUAUUUGGCCUUUCUGCCCUUUAGAGUGAUUCAAGUUGAUAAACCUCUGCCCUAAAAGCAGCCACGUUUUUCCUAAAGGCACUCAUGAGCCAGGGAUGUGAACCAGGGAGUGAGCUGGAUGAAUGGGAUGUUUAGAUGCCUAGCGCAGCUCUGUCCCCAAAGAUGACAGACCUGCCGCUCUGAUCUUGGGACUCAGGCCAGUUUAACCCCACCCUCCACCCCCCAACAGAGCGGGGACAGCAUAGCCAAUACUCACCUCUGGGUUUCUUUGGUGUUUCCAUUUUGGAUUUACACAUUUCUUUGAUAUUUUAACAUUGUUGGUUAGCAUUAGAAUAAAUUGUGGUUGGCCCCAAAACCAUUCUGCCUCCUACAGGCAGGGAUGGGCAUUGUCUUGGCAUCAGGGCCACCCCAAGGGGAUGCAGAAUGAGGCCCAUAGCUACCAUCAGGGUUUUAAAGAGCUCUGUGACCCAAAAGGUGUUUUUCCACUGUGAAACUGGGACAGGACUCUCACUGUUGCAGAAACUGUAUCUUGAAAAAUCAGUCCAAUUAUAGAAGUGAUAUAUACUUAUUGUAGAACAUUUGGAAACUAUAAAGAAAUAGAGGGGAAAAUCUAUAAUCUCAACAACCAGAGGUUACCCCUAUAAAUAUUUAGGUAUGUUUGUUUCUUUCAA